ACAGACGCACUUUGGAGUUCAGUGCUGGGACGUGUAGUCCAUUCAUCCACCGUGCAGGCUGUGUGGCUCGGCGCUCCGCCCGACACCCUCUCCUCUCACCCCUACUUACUGUCGUGUCUCCUCUCCUGAACAGAGCCAAACGGAGCAGUUUCUGCCCAGGAAAUAUUCUCCACUCUCUGGACUGGAUGGGAAGAAGGAGAAUCUUUGACCUUGGAAAAUGAAAAUGCUGUUGCCAUGGGAACUGUUGAUCCUUCUGUCACUCAAAGAGUGCCUGGCUGAGAAUACGCGACAUGGUCCUGUCUUCAGCCAGGAGCCUAGUGACAGUAUUUUCCCCCUGGGCACUGAUGAUAAACAGGUGUUUAUUAAUUGCAAAGCCAAGGGAAACCCACCUCCGCAUUAUAGGUGGAAAAUAGAUGGGAGAGAAAUAAACACAGAGUCAGAUCCACACUACAGCCUUGUGGAGGGGAACCUGUUGAUCAAUAAUCCCCAUGUAAUCAAUCAUGGAGGAGUGUACCAGUGCAUCACCACCAACACAUUCGGGACUGUUGUCAGCAGGGAGGCAAAAGUCCAGUUUGCAUUUCUGCAGAACUUCAGCAGGAAGUCAAGGAACACGGUGUCGGUGAGAGAGGGUCAAGCUGUGGUUCUACUCUGUGGCCCGCCACCCCAUUACGGAGAGAUCAAAUAUUCAUGGGUUUUCAACGGACAGCGGAGCUUCCUGCAACAGGAUGCCCGUCGCUUUGUCUCUCAAUGGACAGGCAACUUGUACAUAGCCAAAGUCGAAGCGUCAGAUGCUGGGAACUACACGUGUGUGGUGAGAAACAUGAUGACCAACGCCACCGUGAUCAGUUCUCCAACCCCUGUGGUGGUGCGGAGAGACGUAGUGAUGGGUGAAUACGAGCCAAAGAUUGAGGUUCAGUUUCCUGACAUCCUUCAUGUCUCUAAAGGAUCAUCAGUGAAGCUGGAAUGCUUUGCCUUAGGAAACCCUGUGCCUACUAUCUCAUGGAGAAGAGCUGAUGGAUAUCCACUCCCUGGAAAGAUUAAAAUCAACCACUCCAGUGGGGUUCUGGAAAUUCCAUAUUUUCGCCCGGAGGAUGCCGGUGUGUACGAGUGUGUAGCCGAAAACAGCAGAGGACGAAAUGUUGCCAGAGGGCAACUUAUAUUCCACAAUGUUGAACAUUUGCACUGGGUCCAGACACUGAAAGAUGCUCAUAUGGCAAUCGAUGCUAAUCUGCAGUGGGAAUGUAAAGCCAUCGGUAAGCCUCGGCCUGCAUACAGAUGGUUGAAGAACGGUCAGCCGCUAACAGCAGAGGGGAGGAUCCAUGUGGAAGAUGGUAGACUGACCAUAACCAGGAUAAGUCUGUUGGAUGCUGGGAUGUAUCAGUGUGUUGCAGAGAGUGAACAUGGAGCUGUCUAUGCCAGUGCUGAGCUCAAGGUUGUGGCCUCCCCACCGGACUUCAGCCGGCGGCCUGUGAAGAAGUCCACAGUGAUCCAAAGGGGGGGCGAGGUGGUUUUGGAGUGUCGCCCCCACGCUUCCCCCAGGGCCACAAUCUCCUGGUGGAAAGAAGACAAACUCCUGAAGGACAGCAAGAGUUUUGUCCCUCUCCUUAGGCAGACAAUAAUGGAGGAUGGGACUCUACGUAUCGCCAACAUCUCCAAAUCUGAUGGAGGCAGGUACACAUGUUUGGCCAGAAACCAUUUUGGAGCAUCCAGCAGCACAGGGACACUGGUGGUGAAAGAGCCUACCAAGAUUACAGUCCCACCCUUGAGUUUGGACGCCACUGUCGGACAGAGUCUUGUGCUGCCAUGCGAGGUGUCUAGUGAUUCGUCCCCAAGUCCCAUCUUCAAGUGGUUUUUCAACGGGAAAGCCAUUGAUUUCAGCAGGCAGGACCACUUUGAGAUGAUUGGAGGGGGAUUUGCCGGUGACCUGAUGGUGAGGAACGUUCAGCUAAAGCAUUGUGGGAAGUACGUGUGUAUGGUACACACUGAAGUUGACACCGUCUCGGCAGCAGCAGACUUGAUUGUCAGAGGACCUCCUGGUGCCCCGGAGAGCCUGGUGGUGACUGACAUUACUGACACCACUGUGCAACUGUCCUGGGGCUCUGGACCUGACAACCACAGUCCUGUUACCACGUACAUGGUACAGGCCAGGACCCCCUUCUCUAUCGGCUGGCAGACUGUGAGAACAGUUCCUGAUUCUGUGCCUGGACAGAUGAUGCAUGCAACAGUGAACGAUUUAAACCCCUGGGUGGAUUAUGAAUUCAGGGUGGUGGCAAUCAACAGUGUUGGUGUUGGAGAACCCAGCACGCCAUCAAAACAGAUUCGAACCAAAGCAGCAGUUCCCAAGGUUGCACCAGUUAAUGUGAGUGGUGGCGGAGGAGCUCGAGGAGAACUCGUUAUCAUGUGGGAGCCAGUUCCAGAGGAACAACAGAGCGGAGAGGACUUUGGCUAUGUUGUGGCUUUCCGCCCACUUGGCAGCAGCACCUGGAUCCAGACAGUGCUGGCAUCACCUGAUGCAUCAAGAUAUAUUUACAGAAACGACAGCAUAGCACCCCUGUCCCAGUUUGAAGUGAAAGUGGGAGUCUACAACAGCAUGGGAGAGGGGCCUUUCAGCCGCAUUGUCAAAGUGUUUUCUGCAGAAGAAGAGCCCUCUGAGGCGCCAUCAAGAGUUUGGGCCCGCCCUGUGUCAGCCUCUGAGAUCGAAGUGUACUGGGAACCAAUUCCCCCCGGGUCCAGCAGUGAGAAGAUCAUUGCAUACGAGGUCCUCUUUUGGGAGGAAGGAUCACAGCAGAACGAAGCAGAGAGGGUGAGGGUUAUCGACACCACAUCUCUGCUCUCUGGCUUGAAGGGCAGCACAGUCUAUCUGAUAUCGGUCAGAGCCCAAAACAGCGCUGGACUUGGACCCUGCAGCCCUGCUUUUAACAUCACCACCAAGAAACCACCUCCAAGUAAGCCCCCGGGGAAUAUUGAGUGGAACCUGAAGAACUCUAAGAUCUUUCUGAAUUGGGAACAUGUCAAGGCGAUGGAAAAUGAGUCUGAGGUGACUGGAUACAAGGUUGUGUAUCGUCAGAACUGGCACGGCAGGACAACUGUAUUGGAAACCAAUAAGACCAGUGUGGCGCUGCAAAUCCCCUCUGGAGAGGACUACCUCAUUGAGAUCAAAGCUCUGACCGAAGGAGGCGACGGCACCAGCAGUGGCCCCAUCCGCAUACCAAAGAUGUCCAGUCUUAACUCAAAAGGGUGUGCGUACCCAGUUCCAAUGAAGAUUUGCUGUUUUAUGAUGUUUUUGGUAUUUUUUAUGAUCAUUUUCUAGCUUCUUAUGCCUCUGUAUUUAGCUGUGGACAUUAGAAUGAAUAUGGUUUAUGAUUCUCCUCUACAUGACAGAUUUAUGGAAUAUGAAACUGGAAGUGGGUAAGAUAUUCCAUGAUAGCGUUUAGAAACUUAGAAAGUGUUUCUUAACCAUUGGUUUGCAUACCAAACUGAAUGAUGGGAGUGUUCUGACACGUUGUCAAAUGCCUAAAAAUCUGUGGCCGGAGUCAUAGGCAACAUCACAGUUACAAAACAUGGUCAUCUGCCUAUUUUCAGGACCACUGCAAUCCUCCAGGAUGUGUGAGUUUGAUCAACAUGGAAAGAUGAAUUUCUUAUCUGUCAUUUUAAAAUCAACAUGAGCAAAGGUUCAUGUCCCAGUUUCCUCGAGUCUCUGUCUGUUUCCACCUCUUUUGCCUCAAUUUCCAAGUUAUUUCUUGGCUUGCUGUGACCGCUAUGAAUGUUGCAGACCAAAAGGUACUAGUUUUACUUACUUCACAUACUACAUAUGCAAUUUAAAAAAAACUAAGAGUUGGUUUAAAUGUAUUUACUUUUUUAUUUUUUUCUCUUCAUUUGGAUUUAAUGUGAUAAUCCUUAAUUUAAAAUCUAAUUCAAUUGUAACACUUUGGGAUUUUUCACUAACUACGUUUACAUGCACAUCAUAUUCCGUUUUUUGCCCUUUUUUCCGAUAAAGACAAUAUUUCAACUAAGUUGUUUAGAUGGCUUAUGAAAGUCCCACUAUUAUUCCUGUGUAGCUGUGCAAUUUAUAAAGUGUAUCAGUGGUGGUGGACUGCUGUACCGUGCAAACCCAGCAUCCCUUUUUCAUUCCUUGAAAAGGUUGUCGUAGCAAAGUGUGUGCAUAUCCCAACACCUGUUGAUAUCCAAGUCUUUGAUAAUGUUAAAAAGUAAUGUUAAAGUUUCUCCUUAUCAGGUCUGCAGCCUUGCAAAUUGUUAGCUGGUUGGUUUGUUUACAUCAACCAUAUCAACGCAAAGAGCUGACCAUAAGCUGUAAAGAGGCAAGAGGCUGUAAACUGCGGUAAAAACCAUGAUUAAGACCCAUAUUCCAAAUGCGCUGUAUACAUGUCCAAAGAAUGCCUCUAAAACCCGAAUAAUACCAGAAUAUCCCAGAUGUCUUAAUCGGAAAAAGGCCUUAUUCUGAAUAUCCAAUCGGAAUAUGCUGUUUACAUGACCCGUAUCAAAUUCUGAAUAUUGUCUUAUUCCAAAUAUUUGUGGAAAUUUGGUACAUGUAAACAUACACGCUGGUGGUGGAGUCACAAUUACCCCCCAAAAAAGGAAUCAUUUUACAUUUUAGGAAUUGCCCUUUUUUUUAUCAGCCAUUUUCUCCUCACUUUUAAGAGUGGUAUUGAUUUUUUUCAUCGAACUCUCAACAAUUAGUACAAAUAAAGCAUCUAUACCUAACUGGUACAGGUACAGGAUGUUAAAGAAAACCAAAAUGGCUAAUAUAUCUCAAGCAGUGGCAACUAGUGGCAUUCAUUUCUUAAAAGAAAUCCAAUCACGCAUUGGGUUUCUACUCUUGGGUUAAUAAAUCCAAUCUUAUUGUGCUCCGUAUUAUGCUGUACAUGCUAGUUUAUUUGGGUUUGUAGCUGUACAAAUUCUUCAGAUGACUAUAUGUCAGACUGCUGCCUCCAGAGUUUGCUUUCCAUGCUUCAUUUUGCAUUAAAAACAAUUUAGGUGAGGUGUGUAACGUGAUGUGACCACCAUGCUACAGGGGUCACCAGGCCCAUUAUAAAACAGACAAUCUUCAUCAACACUUUAAUACCAGCUUCCAGUCAUCCACAAUUAGGACAGCCGUAGGUGUUUUCUGUGUUUGUUUAAUGCAAGGAAAUUAUGCUUUUAGAUGUGUUGCUGCUUAAAUGGGUUGUAUAUUAGGAACAGAUGCAAACCCAGAUAAGAUGAAUUCUUGACAUGUUUAACAAAGCUGUUAUGCCUUAUCAAGUUUAUAUUCUUCAAAUCUUUGAAACAUACACAUUGUAAUUAUUGUGCAAAAUGGCUGGCUUAUCAAACAUAUUAUAUCUUUGUAAAAAUGUAUUUUAUGUCAUUUUGUGUCAUUUUGUGUUGAGAAAUGGCAUACAAUGAGAGUAAACGCCUAUUUGUUUAAGUUAUUACACCCCCAAACCUGAAAGAGAAGUAUAACAGUGUUCCUCAGCCUCGUGCAUUAGCAUCCACCAGAACCAAUACAUACGGAAUAAUGAAAGGGGAAGUGGCAUCUUACCUACUUGCACACAAUUGUCAUUAAACAAAUUCCAUUCAACAUAAACAGGACAUUUUUGGACAGCCUUCAUAUUUUGCUAUUUUAUUGUAACACACCUUAUUAUUUGUAGAUCAUUUACAGUCGGUUGUCUAUGAUGAUGAUGAACAUAAUCUGCAUUACAUCAUUAUUACAUUUACCGUAAUCGAGAUGUAUUUCAAAAUUGUUCAACAUAAUUUGUGGGAGACCAGUUUGGAGUUAGUUGUCACCUUCAUACGAUGCACCACUGAUGGAU